AUGGUUCUGCAUGUCUAUGCCAUCGAUAUACUAGGUUUCGGGCGCAGUUCACGGCCGAAGUUCGACAGCGACGCCGUGAAGGCAGAGAAGCAGUUCAUCACGAGCAUCGAGAGCUGGCGUAAGGCUAUGGGACUUGACAAGUUCAUCCUCCUAGGACACUCUUUUGGAGGCUUCCUUGCCGCGUCCUAUGCCAUCAAGUAUCCUGAGAGGUCAGUUGGGUUAAGACACUGUCCCAGUCUACUACAGAAGGCGCGGCCUGACCUCACCCGCAAGUUUGCCGGACUGCUGCCCAACGCUGAGGAGGACAUUCCCAGUUACCUGUACCACUGCAACGCUCAGCAGCCCAGUGGAGAGACGGCGUUCCACAGCCUCAUGUCGGGGUUCGGCUGGGCCAAGCAUCCGAUGGUGCACAGGCUGGACUCGCUUUGA